AAUUUUGAUUAGGAAAUAAAUUAAGGAUCACCCAUUUCCUCCCAGUCGCUCUCUCUCCUUCCUCUGCUCAGAAUACACCACUCCCUCCAACACAGAAACGGCAUCCUUUUCCACAGAAAGCGACAGCCAGAAGAACCCAACCCACCAAAUCCCCCACCCAAAAGUCUCUUGCUUUUCUUUCACUCCAUCUCUUCUUCUUCAUCAUCUUCCCUUUCUUCAAGUUUCAGUCUUCCAGUUUUCAAACGAACCGUUGACUUUGUAGUCGUUGACUAGCUCCUGUGAAAUGGACCAAUCGGUUCUGGACGACAUAAUCAACCGACUUCUCGAAGUCCGAGGCCGACCCGGGAAGCAGGUCCAGCUGUCGGAGUCGGAGAUCCGGCAGCUCUGUCUGGUGUCUAAAGAAAUCUUCUUGCAGCAGCCUAAUUUGUUAGAGCUUGAUGCACCCAUCAAGAUUUGUGGUGAUAUACAUGGUCAAUACUCCGAUCUUUUAAGGCUUUUCGAGUACGGUGGACUACCUCCUAAAGCCAAUUACUUGUUCUUGGGGGAUUAUGUGGAUCGGGGAAAGCAAAGUUUAGAAACAAUAUGUCUUCUCCUUGCAUUUAAAAUAAAAUAUCCUGAGAAUUUUUUCCUCUUGAGGGGAAACCAUGAAUGUGCGACUAUAAACCGUAUAUACGGAUUUUAUGAUGAGUGUAAGAGAAGAUUCAAUGUGAGACUAUGGAAGACAUUCACAGAUUGUUUUAACUGCCUUCCAGUGGCAGCUCUGAUUGAUGAAAAGAUUCUCUGCAUGCAUGGCGGUCUUUCUCCUGACCUGCAUAAUUUAGAUCAAAUCAGAAAUUUACCACGGCCAACAGAUGUACCAGAGACAGGUUUACUCUGUGACCUUCUCUGGUCUGAUCCCAGUAAAGAUGUUCAAGGUUGGGGAAGGAACGACCGUGGAGUUUCGUUUACAUUUGGUCCUGACACGGUGACGGAGUUUCUUCAGAAGCAUGAUUUGGAUCUCGUUUGUCGUGCUCACCAGGUUGUGGAGGAUGGCUAUGAGUUAUUUGCCAACCGCCAACUUGUGACGAUAUUUUCAGCACCUAAUUAUUGUGGGGAAUUUGAUAAUGCUGGUGCCAUGAUGAGUGUGGAUGAGACAUUAAUGUGCUCUUUUCAAAUACUAAAACCUGCAGAUAAAAAGCCAAGAUUCAAUUUUGGAAGCAUGACUACAGCUAAGCCUGGAAAUACAUCGUCUGGGGUUAGCGCUUUUGCGAGCACAGCAACAGCGAAGCCUAGGAACACAGUUACAGGAAUCAGGUCCAUGAUGCCCAGGUAAGAUGUUUGAUUUGGCGGAGAGGGAAGGUGCCGAAGCCCAGUUUGUAUCAUGAUCGAGCCAAGGGUUCCAUCGGGAAGCAUGAGAACCAACUUAAUUUCACUGUAAUCACUAGAAAAUAAUGCAGAAUGGUAUAAAGUUGGGUUAGAAGGUAGAAGGCUGUGUAUCUUCUUCUCUUCGUCCUUGUACACUAGUUGGCUGCUAUGAAUUAUUAGUCUCUCCGAGGCCAUGGAAAAUGUCAGAACAGCCAGAUGCCUGUGAUGAAAUUCGGGAAAAUUUUCCGAGUCUUCUUGUUAACAAAAUAUCUCUCUUGCAUGUUCA